UGAAAUUAACUUGAUUCUAUCCAGCGUGUCUAUCUCUUUAAAUGACAUUCUCACUGUCUUUCUCACUGGACAGCAGAAAGGAACGUUGAGCACCAAUAAAACACUGAGCUGUGCAAAGAGAUCUAGUCCCUCCCCCAUUCAGCCACACAGUCACUAGCUCUCCCCCUGUAAGGAGAUGAAUGAAACGGAGCGAUGCUACUAACAGAGUUAAAUCUAAUAAAAAUAUGCACAUUUUUGUAAGCUUUGACCUUGGAACUUUGUUUUGGAUUUAUUAUUUGCUGCCAUGGAGGAAUAUAUACAAUCUUUUUGAUUACUGAACCGUGUAAUGCUUUUUGAGAAUAAGGGAUGGCAAAGACAAUGGGAUACCGCGACUGGAGAUGGAAAGCGGUUUGGUGGAAUCAAUUAUUUCUCCUGUGGAUUACAGUUGAAGCACAGACUCGUUACAGCAUCCCAGAAGAACUAAGAAGAGGUUCCGUGGUUGGAAAUCUUGCUAAAGAUUUGAGUUUGUCUUUGUCUGACAUUUUGAGCCGUAAACUGCGGGUCGCAUCUGAGGCUGGCGAGCAGUACUUCAGCGUGGAUGCGGGAAAGGGAGAGCUGGUGGUGAAUGACAGAAUAGACAGAGAUGCUAUUUGUGGACAAAGCGCGAGCUGUGUUUUAACUCUUCAAAUUGUGAUUGAUAAUCCUUUACAGCUUUACAGAGUAGAGGUUGAAAUACAAGACGUUAAUGAUAAUUCCCCUAGUUUUCCGUCGACUGAAAAAAUAUUGCAAAUAGCAGAGUCGGCAGCGGCAGGGACACAUUUUCCUCUGGAUGCGGCUCAGGAUCUUGAUGUUGGUGUUAACGCAGUAAGAUCGUAUUCCUUAAGCAAAGAUGAUUUUUUUACUUUGAAAAUCAAAGAUGUGUCUGGCGGAAAGAGAGUUCCUGAGUUAGUUUUAUCUAAAUCCGUUGACAGAGAGAUGAAAUCAAAACAUAAGCUGAUACUAACUGCAAUAGAUGGAGGGAACCCAGCCAGGUCUGGGACCUGCCAAAUAACCAUAAAUAUCCUUGAUAUUAACGACAAUUUCCCAGCUUUUGAGAAGAACAUAUACAAAGUUUCUAUAAACGAAAAUGCAGCAAAUGGGACAUCAGUUCUUACACUGAAAGCUAAAGAUGCAGAUGAAGGUUUAAACGGAGAGAUUGAGUUUUCAUUUGCAGCGCACACGCCAGAAAAUGUCCUGUCUGUGUUUCAUAUAGAUUCACUAACUGGAGAAAUACGUUUGAUUGGGGACUUAGAUUUUGAAACACAUUCUAAUUACGAGAUCUAUGUUACCGCUGCAGACAAAGGAAGCCCAAAAAUGGAGGGGCAUUGUACUGUUCAUAUCGAAGUUUUAGAUGUUAACGAUAAUCCUCCGAAUAUAUUUCUGACUUCUCAGCCAAACUCAGUACCCGAGAAUGCGCCAAGUGGUACUGUAGUGGCUUUAAUUAGCGCAAGAGACGUUGACUCUGGUGAUAACGGUAAAGUUACAUUGCAACUUCCCAAAGAUAUACCUUUUAAACUGAAAUCAUCAUUUUCUGACAAUUACGUUUUGAUUACACACGGUGCUUUAGACAGAGAACAAUUCACUGAGUAUAAUGUUGAGAUAACUGCCACUGAUAAAGGUUCACCGCCAAUGUCGAGUAAAAAGACAGUUAAUGUUAAUAUCACUGAUGUUAAUGACAAUCCACCUGUAUUUACACAAUCCACAUAUGCUGUUUAUUUAAAAGAAAAUAGAUUACCAGGAUCUAUACUUUACUCGUUAUCAGCAUCUGAUUCUGAUUCUGGUGAAAACGCAAAGAUAUCUUACUCAAUACUGGAUUCUAAAGUACAAGACGUUUCUGUCUCAUCUUACGUUUACAUAAACUCGGAUAACGGGAGCAUCUACAGCAUGCAUUCCUUUGAUUAUGAGAAGCUGAAGGUGUUUCAGAUUCAGGUUCAGGCAAAGGACCAUGGUUCCCCU